AUGCACAUCAACGAGUUCCCUACCGAAAUCCUCUCCGCAAUCCUCGAACAGGCGGCCAAGAUCAACGAGCACAACGGAGUCACCUUCACCUUUGGCCUCAGCCAGGCGCCUCUCCCGCUACAGAAGACGCCACUCCAGCGAUAUGUACGCGGACACGUUCCUCCGGACAUGCUGAAGUGGGACGCGACGGCCUCGAUCCGCGCUGUCUGUGGGAAAUGGCACGACUGGGCGCUGGACUACUCGCUGAGGGAUCUGUACAUCAGGAGAUGGAGGGGCUCCGAAAGAUGGGCAGAGCUAUCACUCAAGCGGGAGAACUAUGGCACCUACGAGCUCAUCGAAAAGCCCUCCGGUAUGCCUGUUCGCCGUGACCCAUUCCAGGCUCUGAGCUUGACCGCCAAGCUUUUGUCAAAGUAUCCGCAGAUAGCUUCGAAUGUCCGACGGAUGUGGCUGGACGGCUUCUACGACUUCGACCGAAAUGUGCUGAUCCACUCGACCCUGCAAAAUUGCACGAUGCUCACCUCGGCGAGCCUGCCAUGGACGGCGCUCCGGCACUUGAAUGGACAGGACUGGGCACGCCUACUCGGCAGAGGCCGUCAAACGACCCUACAAUCUCUGGAGCUGCUAGCAGUGGACAUGCCGAAGAUGCAGGCGAUGGAGCCAAGCAACCAGGUUGACCUGCGGCCUUUGGAGUCCGCUAUGGUGAACUUCAGUAACCUCCGCAAACUCAAGCUGUUUGGCGACACCACCUUCAUGCCCAUCACCGAUCAGGAUCUCCACGCCAUUGCUCGCACAGCAACAAACCUUGAGGAAUUCCAUCUGACGUGCCUAUCAACCAUCACGAUUGAUGGUGUCUUGGCCAUCAUCAAAUCCUCUCAAUCCACUCUCCGCGUCCUAGAGCACUCCCCUCGCUCCAACGACGGCUUCUGGCAUCCACACCCCGGCUCACCCGCCGACAACGAGCACCUCUGCGAGAUCCUCGCAAACUGCCCGCGCCUCGAGGACAUGUCCAUCUCGCUUCCCUCCAUGUGCCCCGCGCUGUUUGCGAACCCCAACGUCCGCUGGCAGCGCGACUGCCAAGUCCGGGCUCUACAUCUGUGCGGCUGCGAGAACGCCCCAUCUGGCAGCGUUGCCACGGUGGACACCCUGAAGAGCGUGCUGCAGGCAGCACGUGACCUAAUUACUGUGCGUAGGAAUUCGCACAUUCCGGCCGAGCUGACGCUCGAACUUUUCUUUGCGGAUUUCAUUUUUGAUCCACACCUCAAGGCUGUGCAUGGCGACUUCCAGCUUUCGGAGUUCGGCUCGAGCGGCAUUUGGCCAACUACCAGGACCCUCUCGCGGAAGGGCCCGUAUGGAAGUACUGGUCUUUACGGGAAGGAUGAAGAGGAUGUGUUCGAACGCGUCGAUGAAGAGGAGUUCCUGGACGGCGCUCGGAGGCGCUGGGUCUCGAUUGAUUCUUGA